AUGACAAAAAUGUUUGAAGUGACGGAUUUUUUCGAUUAUUGUAUAAAUGAAAAAUGUCUAGAAAAUAAUAAUUAUGAAUCAACCAUUAAACUCCUAUAUGAGUAUGGUUAUCGAACCAUAGCUAUAAAUCAGACAAUUGAUGGCAAUGACUUGGACCAAAAGAAGAAAAAAAAGAAAGGUGAACCACGAGAACCACAACUAGAUCCAGUUCCAGAACCUUAUGUGCCCUCUAUAAUCCCGGGAUGUGAAAAUUUAAAAAUUUUUAAUCGUCUAACAAUAGUAUUUGCCGGUCAAGAAGUUUUACAUAAAAUUACAAAAUCUCCAAAUUACAAGAAGUAUCACAUAGUAGGGGUACUACCCACAACACUACAGGCAACUUUGUUUGUUUGUAGCAGUUUUGAUGCAGAUAUAUUUUGUUUUAACCCUGAAAAUAAAAACCACGUGAAGCGCAAUCGCAAGAUGUAUAAACAGUUGGUUGACAGAGGAUAUCAUUUUGAAUUACCAUAUGGCCCUGCAAUUGAAGAUACCACAAAGAGAAAGAAUAUUAUACAUACAGCUCAUCUUUACCACACAUUUAUAAAAUCUAAGAACAUAAUCUUAUCAAGUUCAGCGACGAGCCCCAUUUUCAUUAGGAAUCCAUAUGACAUCGUCAACUUAGGUCUAAUUUUUGGAUUAAACGAACAGCAAGCCAAAAAUGCCAUAAGUCACAAUGGACGUCAAGUGUAUCUAAAUGCAGUUGGCAGAAGACAUGGAAAAUCGGUAGUAUUUGUGACAAAUACAGAACAAAAAGAACAAGGAGAAUCAGAAAUCAUAGAAUUAGAUGAUACGAGGAAUAUUUCCGAGAGCGUUAUCUGUAUAACUGAAAGUGAUGAAGAUAUGGAAACCGAUCAACCAGCCCCGAAAAAAGUGAAACAAUAAAUUUUGUAAAAUUGUGUACGAAAUAAAAACUGAUUUGUUAUAUAA